UCUAGGUUCUGUUUGGGAAGGCUGGAUUGGCAUAUCUGCAGUGAAGGUUUGAAUUAUGUUAUUGAUGAAUCUUAGAUCCGACCAGUCCAUCAAUUGGCGAUCACUUUAGGCCAAAAUGCACACCAUAACAAAGUUUAUGGUCAAUCUUACGUGACCUCCGUUUGUUGCUAACACACUUCGAAUUUCUUUGCGAGUUCCAUCGUCGUUGUUGUUUUCAAUGAUUCGUUUCACCGCUUUUUUUGCAUCGAUAUGGAUGUUGAUGGGUUGGGCUGUGAGGUUAGUGGCCCAUUUUAGGCCCAAAAGAGCUGAAACAAGUUCACCUUCCUCGCUGUUGUCUGCCCUGUGUAUGAACAAGGUUGUUGCUCUUAAGAAGCUUCCUGAUCUUGUGCACAGGAUAGCUCCUCCUGCCAUCUGAUUUUCGUUCGUUGCUACAUCAGUGAUUUCGUGCGCUAUUAUACCUGGAAUCACCGUGCACUCAAGAAGACUUUGUUGAUCUCUUCUGUUAUUCCUCCACCAUUUCAUUAGGUUUGUAUGUGCUUGGUUAGGUUGAAGAUCUUUUGAAUGGUGUAGUUCCUCAUCAGAAAGAUUUCUAGGAUUUCCUCUUGGAAAAAAAGAUUCAAGUUCAAAGAGCUCUUCAGAAGGUGUUGGGGUACAAAUGGAUGAUGAAGGCAUGUUUCCAGAAGUUUCAGGAGGUUUGGGUUGUAAGGGCCCAGAGUUUUCAGAAGGGGGUUGGGUGGUGGAUGGGGUUUCUAAUGUUGAGAUGCUGAUUUUUGUCUUCUUUCUUUUGGAAGGUGUUUCUCACAGGUUUCCAUAUGCCUGGAGAUCCCUUUACAAUCUGGCAAAUAGAUUGGAACCUCAUAAAAACAUUCCAACAAUACUGGUUGGUCUCCAUUUAGAAUGAAAAAUUUGUUGAUCUGGGGCUGAGAUAUGUCGACCUCAACACAGACUCUUGCUAUUGAUGGCCUCCCAAAGUUCUCUGUGGUGCUGUCAAGUUUGAUAGGCGUGCCGAAAACAGUUGAUAUUUGCAGCAGAGAUUCCUUGGCAUGGAAAUGGAUAGGCAGGUUUUUAAUUGAAAUCCAGAUGGGUAGGAUUGGGGAUUCAACAUUUGGAUAAAAAUUAGGUGUCCAUUUUGAGAUCAUCAUUUUAAAAGACCCUAGGUUCCAUUCCCUUCUCUUAAAACAACGAUGAAAAUCUGCCUCAUUUGAAAAAUUUAGCAGAACAUGUGUAGAGUCAAUGAGUGUAACAGAGAAGCUAAUGAAUCCCAUUCUCUCUAGGGAGGUUCGAAUGAAAUCCAGGCUUGGUCUGCUGAAGAAGAAAGUACCCACUAAUGCUUUGGAGAAUUUAGCAGCAAGAUUUUUUACCUCUUCUUUGGAGAAUGAGAUACAAGGGAGCCCUUUGUACUUGCCUACUGGUCGUUGAGGGAGGUUGAUUACAGAGCCAUGAUAGGCAUGAGCUACUGUUGCAGCUGCAUAGCUCUUCCCAGGUUUGAGAGUGCCUGGAGGAUUAGCUGCCUGAAAACCUGUGGAGGAGGAGGGAGUAAUGG